AUGGCUGUCAAAAUUCCAGGCGUUCCAGCGUUUCGUCUGAACUCACCAUGGUGGCAGAACUUCAUCAUGGGCAUCAUCAUCGGCUUGACAGCCGGGUUGUACCAAGCGCUCAACCUUCUCGGCGCCGGCGGCGGUCGACCAAACUCGUUCCAGACGGUCCAAGUGGUCAACGCCACCCUCUGUGCAGUCUAUUUCUUUUCCUCGAACCUUGGCGGCAGCGUACUGAACACGAUCGGGCCUGCUAUCACCGCCAUCUUGGGUAUUAUCGGCUUCGCCCUCUAUGUCGGUGGUCUCUGGUACUUUGAUCAGACCGGCCACGAAUGGUUCGCAAUUUUCGGAGGCGUCGCAAUCGGAAUUUCCGCUGGUCUUGUCUUUGUGACCAUGGGAUCGAUCGCCAUGUCUUACUCCGAGGAAGAAGAGCGAGGGUCCUUCAUUGCGAUUUCGGUCAAUCUCCAGGCGGUGGGCUGCGCUGUUGGAGGUAUCAUUCCAUUGAUCAUCAAUCGCGAUUCCACAGAAGCCGCCGGUGUGCCUGUGGCAGUAUACGUUAUCAUUAUCGUCAUGAUGGGCUGCGGCUGUUUACUUGCCUUGACACUCCGGCAUCCAUCCAAGGUCAUCCGAGAUGAUGGAACCCAAGUUGCCGUUCUGCAUGCUCGCGGCUUCCUUCAGGAGCUCAAGGCCAAUUUGGAAAUCUUCAAGGACUGGAGGCUUUUGAUCAUGAUCCCGGCCUUUCUCCCCUCAGAAUGCUUUCUUGUCUACAGCGGCUCAGUCAACGCUUACCACAACGAUCUGAGGACGAGAUGCCUUUUGUCGUUCUGCGCAGUUGUUGUGCAAAUCCCAUGUGGUUACGGACUGCAGAAGAUUCUCGAUCACAAGACAUGGACACGACGAAAGAGAGCAUUUGUCGGCCUGGCGGCCGUGGGCAUUCCAUUGAUGGGGGCCUGGAUCUGGGAGAUUGUGCGAGUCCGCAACUAUGACCGCUCGAACCCUCCGACCGAUCCGAUGGACUGGACUGACGGCAGAUUCCCGGCCAUUUUUAUUCUGUUUGUCUUGACUUGGUGUUCAAGCAUUCUCAUGCAGUACAUUAUCCUGUACUAUCUGAGCUGCUUGACCAACUCGCCGGUCAAAGCCGCCAAUUACGCGGGAGUGUAUCGCGGCUUCUUGGCCGGUGGAGAAGCCAUUAUAUUCGGCCUGGACUCGAUUGCCAUUCCAUAUAUCAAGGAGGCCGGCGUGCUCUUUACCUUCUAUGCUACUGGCAUACUGAUUUUCAUCUACCUGGCUGCCACUCAGAUCACUCAGACGGAAUACUUCACUGGCGAAGAGGGGGUCGUGAUACCAAAGCAUGUGGUUGAAGAGCAUCAGCAUGAACUGCACGACGUCAAGGGUGCUGACCUUGACCCGGAGGGAAACAUUGUUGUGGCAACAAAAGGCGAGUGA